AUGAUUGAUAAAAAAUUUAAAAGUUUGUCGGUUGUUUUUGUGUUGAGUGCACUAUUUGUGGUAAACGCAAGGAGUACUUUUGAUCAGCAACUGUAUGAAGAUGUGUUGGACCCUGUUAAGUGCGCUGAACAACUGCAAAUUUUGGAAGCAAACUCUUCUCUUCUUUUUGAGUUCUUUGACACCAGUGGUAAGAUACCUAGUGGUAUGACUGCAGGAAACUUAAAUGAUCUUGGGGACUACUUUCAAUGUUUAGCCAUAAACCAAGACGUAGGCCAACAACAAAUCCAGGGAAAAUAUUGCAUGAUCAGAAUCCCCAUGGAGGCCUUACCAUUCCUUCCACUUUGGCCGGUAUUUACAGGGUCCAGGAACUAUAACAUCGAUUUUCAAGACAAUGCACUACUAAAGAGUUAUGUUCAGCAAAAAACUGGUCAUGCGGAAUCAGUUGGUAGAAAUAAUAUUAUAAACAUUUUCGACCCCAGGAUGUCAAUAGCCCUUUGCAUCCCCAAGGUGUGCACUGUUAACGAUACAGCUGAUGUUGCAAUUCCCUCUUUCAUAGAUUACGAUCUAAACUUCUGCCGACUACCUAAUGACAAAGCGUUUGUUGCUGCUGAUUACACUGCUUUUGUCAUAUUCUCCAUUAUCGGAUUGCUUGCCGUGAUCAGCACUUGCUACGAUCUCUAUCAGAGAUUUGGUGUCAAAAACACUUCAAAUGUCAGCCGUUUGUACUCCUCCUUCUCUAUCUACACAAACAGUCAACGUUUCUUUAUCUUCAAAUCUUCCCCGGAUGCAUUGGAGUGCCUCGAUGGUAUUCGUGCCAUCUCCAUGUUAUGGAUUGUCGGUCAUCACUUAUAUACGUUAUAUUUUGGAGCAAUUAUUUACAAUCUGACAGAUGCAGUUUCUAUGGUUACAGAAUUAUCGUAUGUAUGGGUCACAGCAGCACCGCUGGCAGUCGACACAUUCUUCUUACUCAGCGGUAUGCUUGUGGUAUACGCUAAUGUGGGAAAAGUUACUAGAGGUAAAUUUGUUAAAUCAAUCCAUCUCUUCUACUUGGGCCGUCUUAUGCGAUUAUUUCCAAUACUAGCUGCUAUGGUGCUUCUUCAAGCAUCUGUGGUUAAUCACAUGUCCGAUGGCCCCUACUGGCAGAGUAUGGCUAUUGAAGUAGAAAAUUGUAGAAAUUAUUGGUGGUCUGCACUACUGCAUGUGCAAAAUUAUGUGAAUCCUUUAGAUACUUGUAUACCAAGCAGUUGGUACCUUUCUGUGGAUACUCAAUUGUAUGUAUUAAGCCCACUCCUACUAUUUUUCCUUUUUGGACAAAAGAGAGUAGCGUGGGCAAUGCUGACACUGUUUUUACUUGUUGCUCUGGUCAGCACUUCUUUAUUCAGUUUCCUGUACAAUUUACCUGCAACGUUAAUAUCUUUCAGUCGACCUAAGGAGUCAUUAGAUUUCGUCAGAUACUACUAUGUAAACACGCUAGCCAGGGCACCACCGUUCGUCCUCGGUAUGAUUUACGGUUACAUGUUGUAUCUAAACAAAAAGAGAACAGUUAAGAUACCGCGGAUUAAUGUGAUCCUAUUUUGGUUGUUGUCACUUGCUGCGUUGGCCUUCUGCUUCUUUAUCCACUAUGUCAUUGUGCAGUUUGAUCACGAAACCCUCACACUUGAUAGUUUCCUAAACGCCUACAUGCGCUCAAUCUGGGCGAUUGCACUGGGAUGGGUGAUCUUCGCUUGCGUUAAGGGCUAUGGAGGUCCAGUAAACUGGUUUCUAUCACUCUCGAUGUGGAAAUUGCCGUCUCGCAUGUCGUACGCUGUAUAUCUCGUACACCAACCACUCAUUUUCAUAGUCAACGGCAGCGAGAUCUUUCCAUUGUUCGUCACCGAUGCAUUUGCCAUCCAAAGAUUCAUGAGUAUCUUGCUUAUGUCAUUCCUGUUUGGAUUAAUUCUUUGUAUCGUCAUUGAUGCUCCGAUUGCUAAUUUAUACAGCUUAGCAACCAAGGGAGGAUAUAAGAAGCCACCUCAGACGCCUACUGUUGCAAAACCAGCGGAAGAUGAUGUUAUCGUAAAAAAUUCGUAA